AUGCAAGUGCCGCUUGACUCGAUGUCGUCCGCUGUGCAGACAGAAACCUCUGAUGGGGAUUCGUCACCGCCUCCGUCACCCUUCCUUGAAGCCAACGGAGUCGAAGCUCAGCACGACACUGGGAGUCGCACCGUCUCUCUUCUGCGGCGCCUUGUUUUCGUGGUCUCCCUCGCGAUCGUCGGCUGCGAAGUCCCGGCAGUCGUGUUCCCGAUAUGGGGGGAAUCCGCGCUCUCCGACACGAGGCUCGCAAGCGUCGGGGAAGCCCUGAAGACAGCCACUGUAGGGAGCCUGAUUGUCGGCGGUACCACGGGGCUGGCCUGGUUCGCGCUGUUCCAGUGCUUGAAGCAGCGCCGCGGGGAGGAGGAGUCCGACGAGAAUCGUCGCCUGACGAUAUUGCGGUACACGUUUGGUUUCACCCAGCCGACUGUGGUCUCCGUCGCGGCAUGGGCUGUUGGGGCUGCCCUUGUUCGCCCAGGGGGUACCAGCGUCCGAGACGCUUUGGUGAUUUAUGCAGCUGGAACCGGGCGGUUCGCCAUGUUCCUCGUGGUUGGGGGUUUGGUCAUCGGCGUGAUUCAUUAUGCCAGCAGUAGCUAA